UCAUAUUGAAAUAUUUUUUAAUAAUUAUUAAGUGAAAAAACAUUAAUAUUAAAUAAAAUAAAAAAAGGUUAAAAAUUGGCUUAUUAUAACCUAUAAAAUUUAUUUUUUCUCGUUUUUGUUAGCAGUCAAUUUAUAAGAAGACGUGAUAUGGUUCAACAAUAUCAAUCGCCUGUUCGGGUGUAUAAGCAUCCUUUUCCACUCGUGAUGAUGGCAUAUGAGCGCAGAUUUCCUACUUGUCCGCAAAUUCCUGUUUUUGUUGGUUGUGAAAUAGUGUCUGAUGAAGAAAGUAAAAAUGGUUCUAUUAGAAUAACGGAACGGCGAUGUAAAUUAAACGUUGAAGCUCCAUAUAUUUUAAAAAAAAUCAUUGGUGUAGAUUUUGUCUAUUUUAUUCAAAAAAAUAUUUUAGACAGACGAAAUAGUAUUCUAGAAAUAGAAGCAUAUAAUGAAAGUUUUUCAUCCAGAGUAACGGUUAUUGAAAAGUGCAGGUAUUUUGUUCAUCCUGAGAAUUCAGAAUGGACAUGUUUUGAACAAACUGCAAGUUUAGAUAUUAAAAAUUUUUUUGGAUUUGAAAACUCAAUGGAAAAAUUAGCAAUGAAACAAUAUGCUCAAAAUAUUGCCAAGGGUAAAGAGAUAAUUGAAUAUUUUAUAAAUCAAUUGAAGGAGGAAGGUAUUAUAUAUGUAGCUCCAUGGAAGGAUCCAAAUGAGAUGUCUGAAAAGAAUGAAGGAAAUAUUGUAAAAAAUCAAGAAUCUCUUAAUCAAGAAGAAACUUACUCUUAUACAGACAAUAAAUUACAGAAUAGAGAAAUGCAGUUAUCUUCAGAUUACAUAGAAAGAUAUUUAGGAAAACUUGAUAUGAUGCAAGAAAGCAAACUUAUUCAAUUACGACAAAGUAUAAAAGAAUUGCGAGGAAGUUCUGUACCGGGAGAUGCAACACUUUUGAGAUUUUUAAGAGCAACUGAAUUUUCAGUUGAAAAAGCAAAGGAAAUGUUAACACAGACAUUACAUUGGAGAAAAAAACACCAAAUAGAUAAACUACUUGAAGAAUACGAAGUACCACAAGUUGUAAAAGAUUAUUUUCCUGGUGGCUGGCAUUAUUUUGAUAAAGAUGGCCAACCUUUAUAUAUCUUAAGAAUGGGGCAAAUGGAUGUAAAAGGAUUAUUGAAAUCUAUUGGAGAAGAUGAUUUAUUGAUGCUGGUAUUACAUAUUUGUGAAGAAGGAUUAGUUCUAAUGGAAGAAGCAACUGCUGUUUCUGGUCAUCCAGUUUCUCAAUGGUGUUUACUUAUAGAUCUUGAAGGUCUAAAUAUGCGCCAUUUAUGGAGACCUGGUAUAAAGGCUUUAUUACGCAUUAUUGAAAUCGUUGAAAUAAAUUAUCCAGAAACAAUGGGAAGAGUUUUAAUUAUGCGAGCACCUAGAUGUUUUCCUAUAUUAUGGACGCUGAUAAGCACGUUUAUAAAUGAAAAUACAAGAAAAAAGUUUAUAUUUUACUGUGGCACCAAUUAUCAAGAACAAGGUCCAGGCAAUUUAAGUGAUUAUAUUGAUCCUGAAUUUAUGCCAGAUUUUCUUGGAGGAUCGUCUGAGGACAAUGUGUGCGAGAUAUAUGGUAUGGUACCUCGAAGAUAUUAUAUAUUCAACGCAACUGCUAAUAACACUUACAUCACCGAAGGAGGAAUUGUUCCGAAACAUCUAUAUAAAAUGGAAUUAGAACCUACAUCUACUCAAGAAGAACAUAAUCUGUAUCAUUCGAUUAGUUUAAGUCGUGGACAAAUUCAUCGUAUAAUAAUUCGUUCAAAUGAUCCAGGAUCAGUUUUAACAUGGGAUUUUGAUGUAAUGCGCCAUAAUAUCAUAUUUACCGUACUUUAUCAAGGUCAUGAUACAAUUAAUUCUUCUUUAGAAACUGUUAUAGAUGAAGAUGCAGAACUAUUAGAAACAAAAGAAAUCAAAGGUCAUUUUAUUAAAGUUGAACCUAGUAUUAUUUGUCAUGAUGGUGAAAGUAUUCAAGGUUCUCACAUAAUGCAAGAAGCAGGUAUAUAUAUAUUACAAUGGCAUAAUCAAGAUGAUCCAGGAGAAUUUCUUCCAUCCAUUAGUAGCCAUAAAGCACAACUUAUGUAUUUCUAUGAAACAUUAUCUUCAACUCAUUAUAGGGGUUCCAUGAUGAGUUUGCAAUCUGCUAUAAGUACUAAAUCAGAAGCAACUUCAUUCUUGUCCAGAUGACGUGUAAAAGAUAUUUCAUAGAGAAUUUAUCAAUGUUUAAAAUUCUAAAAUAUUGAGAAUAGUGAUUUAAUUUUAAUAAAUUUAUUAAUUUGUUUUUGAAUUUCUUCCAUUAUAAUAA